AUGGUAUUCCGUUCCAUUUUAAAAUGUAUAUAUUCAUCUCCGUUGACUAGAAACGAAAUCAUCAACAACAUUAUCUUUAUCAUCCUUUCAACCAACUCAACAAUGAAAUUCAUUAUUCUCUUGACUAUUGUACUUGCACUCUUGGCAUUUGUUUCUGCCAAGCCAGAAUGUUCAUUUACUUGUAGCGAUGGUACUAAAGUCACUCUUAGUUCUAAAAUAACUACUGAAGAACACUGUAAAUUAGCAAUUGAAUUAUCUGAAUGCCCAGUUAUGAAAGUACCAGUUGGACAACACUGUAUCCCAUGGUGCUAUCCAUGCAACCAAUGUCCAACAUCUGAUGAUUUAGAAAUUGUUUCCUAUUCUUUUUCACAAUAA